CGGGAGACUCAGACAUGCAAGCAAGACUUUUCGAGAAAGCCCCAGAGGAUCCUGCCCAGUAUCACCACCAGUGCAGUACCGAGGCGUUCCCACAACGAUCACCAAACUGUUCGAUCACUUCUAUAUACUGUACCACCGACAUACCCAAGGACAUUCCCUCAUCCAAUGACCCCUCUUUGUACGCCGCUGACCAUGCCCCUCUUGACGCUUGAUCCCGCCCUCGUUCAACGUG